AUGGUGAAAUCACAAUUGCUUGAUAUCGGCGAAUUGCCAAGGCCAGAGCCUAAGCUCGAAGGAUCUCCAUUUCAGCUCUUCUCUCUCAAAGGCAAGGUGGCCGUUGUGACCGGUGCCUCGAAAGGCAUUGGUUUGGCGGUCGCUGAAGCCUAUGCCAGCGCAGGAGCCAAGGUGGCCCUUCUGUUCAAUCGGACACCCAUUGACGAGAUCGUCAAGGAAUUCACUGAUAAAUACGGUGUGGAAUGCCGCGGCUACAAAUGUCCCGUGACUGAUUUCCACGCGGUAAACGACACUGUCGACAAGAUCGUUUCCGAUUUUGGUAAGCUAGAUAUAUUCGUGGCAAAUGCAGGUGUAGCUUGGGAUAAAGGCGAGAUUUUGUCUAUCGAGGACGAUGAGGAGGCCAUCAAUGAGUGGAAGAAACUGUUCAGCGUCGAUGUUGAUGCCAUCCAUUAUUGCGCGAGAGCAGUUGGCAAGUAUUUCAAGAAACAGGGAUCUGGCUCGUUUAUCAUCACCUCCUCCAUGUCCGCACACAUUGUCAAUUUCCCCCAACUGCAGGCCCCAUACAACGCCGCCAAGGCUGCUGUCACACACUACGCUCGCAGUUUAGCUGUCGAAUGGGCAGGUUUCGCAAGAGUUAACACUGUGUCUCCCGGAUACGUCAAAACUGAGCUUGUGGCACAGCUCCCAGCAGACCUGAUGAACAAAUGGCUGGGACUGAUCCCACUUGGUAGAUUGGCUCUUCCGAAAGAGAUUGCAGGCGCCUACGUCUUCCUUGCCAGUGACGCAGCCAGCUAUUGCACAGGUACCGAUAUUUUAGUUGAUGGAGGCUACUGUGUGGCUUAG